GGCCACGCAUCGCAUGCGACGGACAGCUGACGAUGGAGAGAUCUCGCUAGGCCAGGAACCAACCGCCUAACUCAAUCCGUCAUCCUCGCCUCGCUCGUUCCGACUUCGCUUCCAAAAUCUCAUACGCUCAUCCGACAUCUGGAACCCGAAUUAUUCAAAACGCAGACCCUCCAUCCAACCUCCAUUACUCGACUGCAGCACGCCUCAUCGACUUCCCACCCGAUCAGUCUCGUUGGCUCUCUGACCCCGCUUUAUCUUCCUGUCGACAGCACUCUGCUCCACAUCCGCGGACCGCAGCCCGCCAACGCAGACAUCCAUGUCAGACACGACAAAGGUGCGCACUUCGUCCCUCCCACGCAACCUGCCGUCCACGACGCCAAUGCCCCCCCAGCUACACGACACCCUGUCGACUGCGCUCCUGGAAGCGCACUCGAUCCCGGCCAUCGAAAAGGUGCUCGCCCAGUCGCUCGCCGAGGCCGGCUGGACCACCGAGCUGCGAGCUUACAUCCAGCGUCUCGUGCGCAGCGGCGAGUGCACAAACUACCAGCAGAUCCUCAAGAAGGUCAUGGCCGCCGUGACGACGGGCAAGGAGGGCUCGGCCAACGGCGCUGUGCAGAACGGAGAAGGAGACGCCGCUGCAGCAAACGCCAACACCACCAACGCAGUCGGCACCAGCGACCUGAGGAUCCCAGAGAAAGUCGUCCGCGACGGCGUGAUGGCCGUCAGGAAGGAGCUCGAGAAGGUCGUCACCAUCGACGUGGACGACUGAGCACUCCCGUCGCCGUGCGAGGAUCUUCGUCCUUUUUUAUCUUGAGGCAUAGACGAAUGGCCUCCUUUCGCCCUGCACGCGAGGCUGUGUGCGUGCGUGCGUGCGUGCGUGCGUGCGUGUAUGGAACUAGCUUCGCCAACGGCGUUUGAAGCUUCUACGGGACGUGUCGCGGAGACCUCUCAGCGGCUUUGGACAGAGCCCUUCGGCACUCAAGGCACGCGGGCAGCGUGCCAGCGCAAGCAGGCAGGUGAGACCGGAGGCCUCGCGGAGACUGGCAGCUGGACCGCCUCGCGAGGCUCAACCGUCGGUGGGUCGAACAGAAUAGGAGAUGCAAGCGGUGCGAUGAACCUACUUUGGAGGAAUGGAAACUAUAGAACCAUGCACACGACUUGAUGAAUUCACGAGGUAGCAUACUCCUUUCCUGACCGUGGCCUUGCAUUCGUUCUCUCGAGACAACACCGGACGACAUGAAACAGUGCUGGAGGAAAGAAGAUCGUCUCUCGCAUAGCGUUAAGAGUGAGCACUGGCUGAUCGUGAGAGGAAAAAAUUGAAUACCAACGUCCAAUACGAC